AUGUCGGAUGUGUCGAACUCCUUCUCAGCUUGGGAGACCCUGCCGGAGGACGAAUCUCCUCUGCCCAUCGCAGUUCGACGCCCAGUGUUACCUCCACGCCACUAUGAGGCGCUUUGGGUGACGCAUCUUCAUCCAGAUGAUACCGAGGCUGCAUUACGGAAAUCUCUUAGUCUCCUCAGAGUUGAUUAUGUAGACCUCUAUCUCGCCCACAUGCCGACAUGCUUUAACCACGAGAUGACGGAACAAAAUCAUUCGGUAACGGUGGUUGAUGUGUGGAGGGGCUUAGAAGGAGUGUAUAGGAAAGGCUUGACCAGAUCCAUUGGCGUUUCUAACUUCAACAAGAAGCAAAUAAAACGAAUAAUGAAAAGUGCUUCUGUGCCCAUCCAUAAUCUGCAGAACACUGAGAAGUUUCGAGGCCUGGCAGGGAGAGAGGAGGAGCGUGAUGGGAUAUGCAUAGCAUCAAUGACCUGGAAUCAUUCUCAGGCUUCUGAUAAAGAUGAGAUUGAGUUGCACCUCUAUUUUCCUCAACAUGGAUUGCAGAAGACCUGUGAAAAAUACAAUAUCUCACUAACUUCCUACGCAUCAUUAGGAUCUCCUGGACGAAUCAGUCUAUUUCUGGCUACCAACAAAAGAAUGGUAAGAGCUAAAUCUAAGAGUUCUCUUGAGGAUCAAAAUGUGAAGAAAUUGGCCGAGAAAUACCAGAAAACUCCAGCUCAGAUCCUCCUUCGCUACAUUAUGGACAGAAACAUUGCAGUCAUCCCGAGAUCCUUGGAACCUUCCCGGAUUGUCGAGAACUUUCAGGUUCUUGACUUCAAACUGGAAGCAGCUGACUUUAAGCUACUUGACUCGACACGGCACCGUCAAAGGCUUUUCUUCCAAGAUUUCAUGAAAGGACAUCCAGAAGAUCCAUGGCCGUCAGAAAGGAAACACUAA